AUGCGCCCAGUUUGUGCCUCCUAUAACGAACGGUGCCCGGAGGGCAUCCCCGCCGGGGCAGAGGCACCUCCAGCCUGGGUAUUGCCCGGGGGAUAUGAAACUUUUAACUCCCAGUAUCCUGAGUGCUGCGUGGAUGGAAAACUCAUUUCCCCAGAGAGGACUGAGGCAGAAAGAAACCUCGCCAGCCACUGUGAGAAGCAGAGUGCCAACCACAAACCCGCUUACGACCAGGGCGGUCCAGUUGAAAUCCUGCCUUUUCUCUACCUUGGUAGUGCCUAUCAUGCUUCCAAGUGUGAGUUUCUCGCCAAUCUGCACAUCACGGCCCUGCUCAACGUCUCCAGAAAAAGCUCGGAGUCCUUCAAAGACCAGUAUUGCUACAAGUGGAUCCCGGUGGAGGACAGUCACACUGCAGACAUCAGCUCACACUUCCAGGAAGCCAUCGACUUUAUCGAUUAUGUCAGACGAACGGGGGGCAAGAUCCUGGUGCACUGUGAAGCAGGGAUUUCACGCUCUCCCACCAUCUGCAUGGCGUAUCUUAUGAAGACGAAGAAGCUCCGCCUGGAGGAAGCCUUUGAUUACAUCAAGCAGCGCCGGAGCCUGAUCUCACCAAACUUUGGUUUCAUGGGCCAGUUGCUACAAUACGAGUCGGAGAUCUUGUCUUCCACUCCCAGCCCCCCCGUCGCCUCAUGCAAAAGAGAAGCUGCGUCUUUCUUUGCAGAAGAACUGACGUUAGGCAAAAACUUUGAAGGCUCAUGUUUCGCCUUUCCUACCUCAGUGUUGAGUUCUGUGCCCAUCCACUCUCCCGUUCACCAGCUGAAACUCAGCCCAAUGACGGCAUCUUCGUGUGAUUUGCAGUCUAUGCUGGUUACAAAGGCUUCUGCUGCUUCUCUGAUUAAGGGACUUUCCAAAAGGCAGAAAUUACAUCCUGACCAGUAA